GAAACAGAAGUAACAAUGACGAUUCCGGAUCAUCUGUUUGACGAAGGCAUAAAUAAUACGUUGCUUCAACAUGAUACGAGGCACGUGCAACAAAACAGAAUAGUUUACGAGAAAACACAACGGGAAUAUGAGCAAGAACAACGCGACAUGCUGUCAUCUCAAGAUGGAGACACGUGCGAGAUCCACGACCAGUUCUACAGAGAUCACAAACUGCUGCUGGUGCUGUUCCGAGCGCUCGCCGUCAUGCCCAUCACAAGAUCACGACCAGGCACAAUUACCUUCAGCUGGAGAUCAACAGCCACCAUGUAUGCGGUUUGCUUCUACAUCGCAGCUACAGCAGUCGUCCUGAUCGUGGGUUACGAACGCAUCAUGAUAUUGCGCUCCAUUCGACGCUUCGACGAAUAUAUCUACGCUAUUCUUUUCGUCAUUUUCCUUGUUCCGCAUUUCUGGAUACCCUUCGUAGGUUGGGGCGUGGCUCAUCAAGUGGCUAUUUAUAAAACUAACUGGGGAAAAUUCCAGGUCAGAUACUACCGCGUGACUGGCGAAAAUCUAAAGUUCCCUAACUUGAAGACGACUAUCGUUAUGAUAAGCGUGGGUUGCUUGUUGCUGGCUGUGUGCUUUCUGCUCAGUCUCUGUAUACUCAUGGAUGGAUUCCUGCUAAGACACACCACCGCAUACUACCACAUUAUUACAAUGAUCAACAUGAACUGUGCCCUUUGGUACAUCAACUGCAAAGGAAUUAAGAUAGCUUCGCAAAGCCUGUCUGAAUGUUUUCGCAGGGACGUGGAAGCAGAAUGCUCAGCGAAACUGAUAUCCCGGUAUCGGUACCUGUGGCUCAACUUGUCUGAGCUUCUGCAGUCACUCGGAAAUGCUUACGCAAGAACUUAUUCUACUUAUUGUCUAUUUAUGUUUGCAAACAUAACGAUAGCGGUGUACGGCGCGCUAUCAGAGAUAGUGGACCAUGGCUUUGGGUUCAGCUUCAAGGAGAUGGGGCUGUUCGUGGAUGCGGCGUAUUGCUCAACCCUGCUCUUCAUCUUUGUUGAUUGCUCGCAUAAUUCCACUUUGACGGUAGCCGCGGGUGUUCAAGACACACUUUUGUCCAUUGACGUCCUGUCUGUUGAUAGACCGACACAAAAAGAGAUUGACCACUUCAUCCAAGCAAUUGAAAUGAAUCCUGCUGUUGUGAGUUUGAAAGGUUAUGCGCAUGUCAACAGAGAGCUGCUAACAUCGGCGAUAAGCAUGAUAGCAAUCUACUUGAUCGUGCUACUACAGUUCAAGAUCUCGCUGCCGAGGGACCCACAAAUUGUUGCAACAUAAUCGAUGACGUCACUACCCACCUUUGCAGUAAACCACCAAAAACCCUUGAAACUAUAAGCUUAAAUUAUUCCAAUACACGAAACUGAAUAACUGA